AUGGCACAAAAUUCUAUGGAAAACUCAGUGUUUUUAACGCUGCCAAGGCGAGCGUCCUGCCAUCAAAUGAAUCCUCAGAAAAGCAGGCAUUUUAUGACUUUUUCACCCAAUUUUGAAAAUCGGCAUCAGUCAUUUAACGUGAAACCAAGUUCAAGAAUCAGCUUAAUUUUUGGGCUACCGUUUAGAAAAUACAAUGAACGGCUUAUAAGGGACGAAGAAUUCCAGACCUAUGCUAUUAAUCAAGAACUGACACUUAUUGAGUCAAAAUCCAAAGAAUUGAACCAAAAAUUCAAUAAUGUAAAAUAAAUUCAGGAAGAAAUUGUAGAGCUAUGCCAUUUUCUAUUAAAUAGCUUGACUUAAAUAUUAUCGUAUUAUAAACACAUAUUAGGGAAAAGGCAUAUUUAAGAAACUUUCUUAUGAAAGCCAAGUAACUUUAAACCGAAGCUUAGAGGAAACCUUAGGCCUUUUAAAAGAAAUUUCAACUAUGGUCUUGCAUGGUAAUUCUCGAGUAGAGCAUGGAAAUUCUCCUGAAGAAAUCGGCCUGCCCAGCAUUCCAAGCUUAUUCUUCGAGCUCAAAGAAAACGACGAGCUCAAAGUUUUCAAGCAAAAUAAAAAGCUGCAUUACUAUAUGUUUAAAGCGCUAAAAGGCGCUAUUGGUGCUUAUAAUAUAUUAAAUAAACAAAAAGACCACAAGAAGUUCGACACCUCUGCAUGCAAUCUUUUAUUUCAGUAUCUCGCCAGGGUAAGGCUGCUACAAAACAAAUUAAUAGAAAUUAUUAACAUCCACAAAGAAUCGCACACAGAAAAAAUCACGUAUACAAAAGAACCCCCAAAAAAGAAACUCCUAAUCCAGCUGCAGAAAAAGAGGCCAUCCAGGAUAAAACUGCCAAGCUCUUAUUCGUCAAUUCAGCUAAUCCAAGAAAAUGCAUCGUCUCCUAUAGAAGCAAAUACGUCGUUUAAUAACAUUUCAAAUUUAUUUUCAAACCCAAACCAAACAGGCAAUAUACCAUUGCCGAAAAGCUUGUAUACUGUUAAUAAAAAGCGAGAUGUGAGAAAUGCUAUAAGGCUGGGCAAAAAUUAUGCUUGAUUAUAUUAUAUUUUUUAUGAAAGAGUUACCUGAAUAUUUAUUUUAUAUAGAAAACUGGAUUUGGAUCAAAAAAUUGGCUUAUUUAAUUUAUAGUCAAGAUAUUAGCUAGAGAUCCUGCACUUGUAUAUAGGUUCCGCAGUAUGGACUCUAUUAGAUUAUGUUAA